AUUGAAAACCAGGACAGAUUUGUGCUCAGUGGAUUGGGUGGUGGUUUUAGUGUAGAGCAGAACAGAAUUCCUAGGACUGUGUGUGAUGAAGUGCAAGGUCAAAAGGAAAAGACAGAAAAAGCAUGCUUUAAAUAUGAGACGUGCUUGGAUACCUAUGACUGUCUGUUUAUACUGUAAGGUGCUUAAUCAGCAACUCCAUCUUUUAGUUUUAAAGAAAAAGUAGCCCUAAAGUCAGUAUAACUAAGGGUGGAAUGAGGUGGGACAAGGUCCAGAAUUACUGCUCAGUGAUGUCUCUGUGUGCUGCCUGCUGGUGGAGCUGGGACUGCUCACCUCAGAAGGAUGGGGAUGCUUGAUUUCCAGGCCAGGUUGUCGCAGCACAGUGGGGACUCACCCUGUUGUAUGAGGAAGACGGCACAUGGUGGCAGAGAUAGACACUAAUCCAUGGACUUUCCAAGGGAGGGAGUAGGUCUUUGGAGGGUAUGCAGGACAAAGGUAGACACUGGAUAAAGAACCAGAUAGUGCCCAGGUAUUACCCCGUCUGGGCCAUUGCUCCCACACUCAGGAACCAGACAUUGUGGGUGAGGACAUGCUGUCCCUCCUGCCAAGUUAAUAACUUCCUUCCCAACCAGGAUCCUGCCCCAAGCAGGAAUAUAGCUCUGCAUUUACGGCAGCUCCUCAGACCUUGUCAAAACCACCCUGCAACUCAGGAUUAAGGAGUGUGGUCACAGGAAGGUGGGGUUUCAGGGCAUCCCUCAGGAACUGCCCGUCUCCCCAGAAUUCCAUAAUGAAGGCCCAUGUACUUGUAGGUGUGCUGGUCAUGGUGGGCUUCACAGUGGGAAAGGGUAAGUAGGGCCCAGGGGCAGGGAGGGAGGAAGGGGUAACAGUUCAGGAAGGGGGUGGAAUGUGGCCGUGGAUACUCGGGCUUCCUACUGGCCCAGGGUAUUUGAGAGUGACCCAGUGCCCCAUCCCUCCUUCUGCCUCCCCAGUUCCUGUUCCCGACAUCCGGACCUGCCACUUCUGCCUCUUAGAAGACCCUUCUGUAGGAUGCAUUUCAGGCUCAGAGAAGUGUACCAUCAGCAGCUCCUCCCCAUGCAUGGUGAUCACCAUCUAUUAUGAUGUCAAGGUUCGCUUCAUCAUUCGAGGCUGUGGACAAUACUAUUCCUACCGCUGCCAAGAAAAACACAACACCUACUUCGCAGAGUACUGGUAUCAGGCCCAGUGCUGCCAGUACAAUUAUUGCAACUCCUGGUCAAGCCCCCAGCUCCAGAGCUUCCUGCCGGAGCCCCAUGACAGGCCCCUGGCCCUGCCUCUGUCUGACUCCCAGAUUCAGUGGUUCUACCAGGCCCUGAACCUCUCACUACCCGUCCCCAAUUUCCAGGCUGGGAAGGAGCCUGAUGGCCUGGACCCCGUGGUCACACUGCCCCUGAACCUGGGCUUGUCUUUUGCUGAGCUGCGCCGCAUGUACUUGUUCCUCAAUAGUUCAGGACUUUUGGUUCUUCCCCAGGCUGGACUCUGACACCUCACCCUUCCUGAAUUCCACUCUGUGCAAGUAUCUUUCUGUAACACCCUCAGCAUCCUGCACUGCCCUCUCUGAAAACACCCACAUUUUUUGGUCACUGAUUUCUUAGGCCUCCCUCUGUUGUACCACUAGCAUCUAUAUGACUUUGGUGUAAUUUUCUCUCUCGAGCUUUGGUGCCGUUUUUUUGUUUGUUUGAGACAGAGUCUCGCUCUGUCACCCAGGCUGGAGUGCAGUGGCAUGAUCUCUGCUCACUGCAACCUCCGCCUCCUGGGUUCCAGCAAUUCUCCUGCCUCAACC